AUGAGCGUUCGUAAAAUUCAUAGAGAUCCAGGACCUUAAACUGAAGGGUAUAAAGGUGUAUUUAAGGGGGUUUCAGAGAAUUUGAAUGUUGGAGUAGGCAAGUAUGCUCCACCAAUAGCUUUGGAAUAAAGAGAACAUCACUAUAACAUAGGAUGGAAACCUUGGCAAUAAUCUAAUGAAACUGUAUAUGAAGUAGAUUACAAACCAAAUUAAGAAAUAGUCAAAAGGGAGAAUGUAGAGAUAUUAUAAUCAUUUUAUAGUGUGCUAAUAUGCAUCCACCUACAAUACAUAUCGAUCAUAUUAAUGUACCUUAUAAAAAGGAUACUCACUUUAAUUCUGAAUAUAAGAGUUAUAAAGACUAUCAAAAUCCUCCAAGGGCUAAACCUAUCAGAGAUAAACUCACAUUGAUGGCCACAUAAAUAGUAAUGGGUGAUGACAAACCAAAUUAUAAAACUGCUUAACUGAUUGCAUAAGAACCUAAACCACCAUAAAGAUAAUUAGUAUAUCAUCCAAAACCAGAGAAAUAUGAUAUUAUAACUAAUCAUGAGGUAGAUGAUUAAGAUAUUAUUAUGAUUAGGCCAAUUAAGAGAGAAUAAAGAAGGCUUCUGCUUUUGAUUAUUGGAAUCCAACUUCAGAGAAAAAGCAUUAAUCAUUUAAUACUUCUGAGAUACCUUAAUAUAGAUUAGGUAGUAGAGAUCCCAUUACAGGGAGAUUCAUUUCCUGA